CUGUGGUUACAUUUGCUUGCUGUGUUGUUAUCAAGAUUAAUGUAAGAUACUUUGCAUGUAAUGAUGCUUGCUAUGGCUUAUGAUCUUAAUGCAGAUACUUAUGUUUAUUUAUAAAACCAGGAUUUUGUAAUGUCUAACAGAGAUGUAUCUGACUUUUUACCUGCCGGGGGAUUGUUAGAUUCAUCUCUACCUUUCAGAUUAGGUUAGGUUUGGGUUAAAAAUAGAUCAAAUGGCACUAUGGCUUUGCAAUGAAUUAUUUAGGCUUUUAUUUCUGUAUUCUGUGGGAAUGAUGCCAAACCUUAAUACCUGGCUCAUUAGAAACAAUAGCAUUUAUGUCCACGGUUGCUGAGCUUUGGGACAAACCAGGCUUGUCUCCAUGGCUGCAUGACAUGCUCAAGUCUAUAUGGGAGGGAAUCAAGAACAAAGUGGCUAAUUCCUUUGCUGGAACAGGCUGCAGCAGCUGGGAGUGUGCAGGAUGAGGCAGCAUGAAAGUCAGCUGCCAUUUAUUUCAGAGCAAGGCUGAUUGACGUGGAGGUAGCUAGAGCACUGCUCAGAAAAAGCCCAGUUCUGCAAGAGGCUGGGCACACUGACACUUAACAAACACAGCGAUAGUCCUUGCAGCUUGCAGGCUCAGACCUGGAAUUAUCCAGCCUACAUGACAUCUGUGCCAUUGCUUCCUGAGUUUCUGAGGCUUUUCAGAAUGUGAUCUGUAAAUCUUCACCCUCACUGCCUGCGUUUUCAGAUCUCUUUUCUCUCACCUUGUGUUUUCAGUGAUUAAAUAUAGAAGAGUCCUUUAUGCCUGCUGGAUUUAUUUAUAGAAAGGUGUACAGUUCCAGAGUCUGCUUAUUUAGCUGGGCGGAGAUGGAGUCUCAGCAGUCUGGCAUGUUACUAGCUGCUAAAGGAGGAAUCCUGUAGAUAAGAGUGCUGAGGACACAUCCUCUGUACAAGAAGGAUAUAGCGUGACCCAGAGUCUUCAGAGACUGCCUGGGCCAUGCAGGUUGUUUCCUUUCCUAGGCAUGUAGUGCCUUCUGCAAACCUCUGGCACCAUCACUGGUGGUAUCCGCAGUAAGCCUGGCCACAGAGGAGUCACACCGUGGUCACAGAGGGGGUUAGCAUUAGCCUGGCCUGUCUGAUUGUUUGACCACGCGCCAGUAGCUAUUCAGAGGAGUGCCACGGAGCUGUGAUCAUCAGCCCCCUCUGAAUCAAGUCAUUUUUUGGACGUGGCUGCCGCUCCCUCUCAGAUUCACUGGGAGAACUUAGGGGUCUGCCUUUGAGUCUUUCUGGGGAGAAGAACAGUCUUCUUGGAAAAACAGGAAAGUAGGAGAUUUCACAAGGGUAGAAAAAGUUUUUCGGGUUUGUCAACAAGAGGUGGGUGAAGGGCAGCACAUGCGAGUGCUGCUCAGCCCCAGAGAUGGUUGCUCUUGCUUUUGCUUUCAGCAAGCAACAGUGCACACCAGGUAAGUGCAGGGCAGGGGGGAGCUGCACCUGCAAAUGCAGCUGGCCUGCCCUUCCCUGAAACCUGCCCUGGCCCUUUCAGCUUUUUCGAGGGUCUUGCCUGCUUUGUUGUCCUGGUAAGUGACUCUGGCAGUACUGUGCAGGAGCUAGAGCUAUUUCAUUCAACAUGGAGAGCUCUUUCCCCUGUGCUAUGGAGUUCUUGCUGUUUCUAGUGGGAAGAAGCAAGAGAAGUCUUUCCGCAGAUCAUUCAUUGAGGAAGUGGCUCUUCCAGGUGGAUUGAUGAGAAGCCCUGCCCAGCAUAGAGGCCAGGGUGCAAUCAUGUUGUUCCCAUUGCACUUGUUUACAGAAGGCUCUACAUCUGGCUGAGAACACUCCCAAAAGAUUUCUGUUCGUAAUAUUCAGCUCACCUUCCGGAAUUGCGUCUCCCCUGUCGCGAUCUGUUGCUGGACUGGCAGCCUAAUGGCAGGCUUUAAAAUGAGAGUCAUUUAUUUGUGAAGCCAGCCAAACUCUUUUCUGCAACUUGCAAAAGCUUGCUUUAUUUCUUAUCUUGAAGAACAGAUGGCCCUAUCUUGCCCUGCUGUCUUUCCACAGAGGUUGCUGGGCAGAGCACAGGACAGGGAGGCACGAGGCUUAGUUUUAUACCCCAUGACCAGUUAUUUCAGCUUUCCCUGCAUGUGUGGGCUUGGUCCUAACUUUUCCUCCUGUGCUGUAGGUGGGUUUUUGUUGUCAAGAAAGGCUAUCAGGACACAGACACGUCCCUCCAGAGCUCUGUCAUCACCAAGCUGAAAGGGGUGGCCUUCACCAACACCUCGGAGCUGGGGGAGAGGCUGUGGGAUGUUGCGGACUACGUCAUCCCUCCACAGGGUGAAAACGUCUUCUUUGUCAUGACGAACCUGAUUGUGACCCCAAACCAGAAGCAAGCUACGUGUCCUGAGAGUGCCAGCAUUCCCGAUGCCCUGUGUCACACGGAUGGGGACUGCCCAGCCGGGGAAGCAGUGGUGGCUGGCAAUGGGGUUAAGACUGGCCGUUGUUUGAAAGACAGGGACAACAUCAGAGGGACUUGUGAGAUAUUGGCCUGGUGCCCUGUGGAGAAAAGAUCCAAGCCCAAGAAACCUCUUCUUGCCAGUGCAGAAAACUUCACCAUUUACAUCAAGAACUCUAUCCGCUUCCCCAAGUUUAAGUUCUCCAAGAUGAAUGUGCUGGCAACCAGCAAUGAGUCCUACCUGAAAAGCUGCCGCUACAGCACAGAGCAUCCCUACUGCCCCAUCUUCCUCCUGGGGAGCAUUGUCAGCUGGGCCGGGAGCAACUUCCAGGAAAUGGCCUUGGAGGGUGGUGUGAUAGGAAUUCAGAUUGAAUGGAACUGUGAUCUUGAUAAAGCCCCUUCUGAAUGUAAUCCUCACUAUUCUUUUAGCCGGCUGGAUAACAAGUUUGCAGAGAAAUCCGUCUCUUCUGGGUACAACUUCAGGUUUGCCAAGUAUUACCAGGAUGCUAAUGGGGUCGACUACCGGACGCUCAUUAAAGCAUAUGGAAUCCGCUUUGAUGUGAUGGUGAAUGGCAAGGCGGGGAAAUUUAACAUCAUUCCCACCAUUAUCAAUAUUGGUUCAGGGCUUGCUCUCAUGGGAGCGGGAGCUUUCUUCUGUGACCUGGUGCUGCUGUAUUUGAUUAAAAAGAGUAACUUUUAUCGAGGCAAAAAGUAUGAGGAAGUAAAGUCCAGUUCCAGGAAAACAUUAAAUAGCCCUACUCAUAAUGGGAAUCAGAGCGCAGACCAGCUCGGUGGGCUCUAGACACAGCGAUGGGUCUGCUAGCUGGGAACAUAUUCCAGGAAAACUAUGCAGGUGUGGAAUCGCACUAGGACUGGGAGGUGGAGACACCACAGAUCAGAUCUACUGUAUUGUUGGGAUUCCCAGAGAAGACAAAAUGUCUUUCCAGAGAAGCUCUUCUUGCCCUCAGACAUUCUCUGAUAUCCUGAGCUGGCUACAGCUGUGUUACCACUAUGGAUUUAUAAAAAGAUUUUACAAAAGGAAAAGGAGGACACCAACUGAAUGUUUUUAUAUCUAUUUAUAGAUACAUCUGUACCUAUAUCAAUAACCAGCAUUAUCCUGUUACUGUGCUUUGCUUCUGUGUGCAAAAGAGCAGCAAUGUGAAACACCAUCGGCGUUCUGAGGAGGCCAAGAAUCGACCUGUUUCCUGCUCCGCUGGCUUGCAGCCACAGCUCCUAACUCUCAUUUUAUUUAAAGCAGCAGAACUGCUCGUGUCAGGAAGUACAGCGAAAUGCAGUGUUCCAGCAGCUCACAGAGCCCAGGGAAAAGGGGCUCGUUAUCCUGCAAUGCCCGUGCGGACUAGGCAUGUUUCAGGGGGCACUGCUGUGUUCUUGUAACCAUGGGGGCUAGAAAAAGUGCUCCUUCAGGAAAAGCCCUUAAAACAGCUGCAACAAGGUGCUCUGCUCAUCUCUCCUAGGACAAGAGGAGAAUGAGCCUGCCACAACUUUGAAUGGAGAAUCAAUUUUAGCCAUGUCUGGGUCCCAGCUACCUCAUCUGCUACCCAGAUUUUCCACUCAUAAUUGGCCCAGAGAACCAACAUUUCAGAGUACAGAAAAAUUAUCAGCAGGCAGAGGAAUAUUUUGAAGCAAGGCAGGGACAGAUGUUUUUGUGGUUGA